AUGGCAACUCUGCUGUUGGGCCAAGAUGGCGACUGUAGCAUAGUGCGUUUUUCGCAUAUUCAAUUAUUCAAGAAAAAACGCUAUUUAAAGUCAAAAUGACUACAAUUGCGGACUUGUUCACAAAGUACAAUUGCACUAAUUGCCAGGAUGAUAUCCAAGGUAUACGUGUACAUUGUGCUGAGUGCGAAAACUUUGAUCUGUGCCUCCAAUGCUUCGCAACCGGCGCAGAGAUUGGCGCCCAUCAAAACAGUCAUGCAUAUCAGUUCAUGGACACCGGUACUGCCAUUUUGAGUGUAUUUCGUGGCAAGGGCGCCUGGACGGCACGUGAAGAGAUUCGUCUCCUGGAUGCAAUCGAACAAUAUGGCUUUGGCAACUGGGAGGAUAUCAGCAAGCAUAUUGAAACAAAAUCCGCGGAGGAUGCCAAAGAGGAGUAUGUAAAUAAAUUUGUAAAUGGUACCAUUGGCAAGGCCACUUGGACGCCGGCGCAACUGCAACGGCCCAUCCUAAUUGAUCAUACAGAGGAUGAUACUGGGCCAUUGGGUGCCAAUGCACUUGCCCGCCUGCCGCCUCUAGAGAUAAGCAAUGAGGAAGCGCUGCAACUGGGAUAUAUGCCCAAUCGUGAUAGCUUUGAGCGCGAAUAUGAUCCAACGGCCGAACAGUUGAUCUCAAACAUUGUAUUCAGUUCGGAAGAUGUCGAAGUUGAUGUUAUGCUGAAGCUGGCACACGUUGACAUUUAUACGCGGCGACUGCGAGAGCGGGCACGAAGAAAACGAAUGGUUCGCGACUAUCAACUGGUAUCCAACUUCUUUCGCAAUCGCAACUAUGCGCUGCAUCCAGGCCUCAGCAAGGAGCAGAAAGAGUUUCGUGAUCGUUUUCGUGUCUUUGCUCAGUUUUACUCCUGCAACGAGUACGAACGUCUCCUGGGUUCUCUAGAGCGCGAGAAGGAGUUGCGCAUAAGACAGUCAGAGCUGUAUCGCUAUCGGUACAAUGGCAUCACGAAGAUCGACGAUUGCCGGCACUUUGAGCAGCACGCUGCUAUGGCGACACAUCGCUCCACUGGCCCAUAUGGGCAUGGAAAGACCGACAACAUACAUCAUUACAAUGGAAGUCAUCGGCCGCUAAGCUCUUCCUUGCACUCCCCUCAAGCGAAUCCCAGAAAGGCCGAACUGUUAAGCGGCGUCGAGGCAAGUUCAAGUUCAAUCGCACCAAGAAGCAUGCACCUCAUCGGCGACCCGACCUGCUCCGGCGCAUUAUUGCCCAGCAGAAACUACUUGGAUAGCUAUCGGACAUCGUCGGCAGCUACGACAACGAUGCUGCCGACGACAAUGACAACGGCGACGGCAACGGCGAUGGGGAUGGGGGGGAUGAACACGGACAUGAGCCAGGGACUGACAUUGGAGUCGGCAAUGACAGCGACGGCAGCGACUUCCACGGCUACGAUGACGGCAGCCCAGGCGAACCUGCCACAAUCGACAGCAGCAGCGAAGGGAAACCCACAACAUCAGCAGCAGCUGCUGCAAAGCGGCGUCAAAAUGCAGCUGCAGCUAAGCGAUCCCGCCGCCGCCGCCAGCAAUAGUUCGACUGAGGAACAGAUGCAGCAACAGCAGCAGCCAUCAAGCAUGAGCUAUAUACUGCGCAGCCAGUUGGACGAACUGAAGCGUCUACCGCAGCCGCUGGGCAGCAAUUUGCUCACUCACAAUGAGCUGGAUGUGUGCAAAAAGCACAACAUAACACCAACAACCUAUCUAUCUUUGAAAACUGUCUGUCUUAGUGGUGCUCCAUCUCUGGGAAGCCCCAUGGAAAUCUCGCUGCGCAAGUUCUUUAUCAAAUGCGGCUGGCUGAGCCACUGAACGUGCAAUGAUGCCGUCACUUCUGCUGUUGUUGCCAUCUCCCUAAAAACAUAAACAAAUAAUUACUUGCUUCAAAGACUUUAAUCAUUAUUUUAUUAUGUAGUUAUAUAUAUAGUUAAAAUGUAUGAUAAUAGGUCGCCCUAAACAAAUUUUAUACUGCUCUAUAUAAUUAUAUAUAAAUCUUUAUUUUUUGUUUUGUACAGAUUUCGUUGUUGCCAUUUUAGGUAAACUACAAAACUUCCAUUUGUAUUUCAACUUUAACUUGUAUCAAGUCAAGCGGACAGAUUCCCAAAUUUCUUAGCAACAAGAAUACAAAAAACGAGUUUUGUUAUUUAAAACACAUAUUAAUAGUAUAUGUAAAGCGUGAGAGCUUAUAGAAAAGUUCUAGUUCAGCAUUCGCUUGGACGCAAAACAAAAAGAGAAACCUAAAAGAAUUAAGUUUAAGUAGGGCACCUUAACAAUUCUGUAUGUGAGUAUUUAAUGAAGUGUAUAUGAAUUAAUAAAUGUACUGAAUAAUGCAAAUC